UGGGGUGAUUAGGUAUGAUGUGGUGAAUCGACACAAAAAGUCGUUAAGUUGGUUGCACAACUUUAGAUCGUCAAAAUUUGAAUUAACUGAAAACGUUAGUAUGCCAUGACAAUAAUGAGAAGUUUUUAGUUGUUAAAAUCGUUUAGCUGUAUACGUUGUCAUGAUUGUUGUACUAAUAUCGCCAAUUUUUUUCAACGGCUUUAACGUGACUCUAAAUUACUCCUUCAUAACUUUACGUGGUGCAAACGUAAUAUUUAGUAACAAGUAGUAAAACUACUAAAUUGUGAUUCCUAAAUUCCUUUUUUACGUAUUUUAACUCGUUAUUUAUUGAGGUAAGCCCGUGUUUUAGAAAAAAUACAAUUUAAUUGUGGCGAUAUCAUCCAUUCGUAAAUUUUGGGUUGAAUAGGAACGGUAAUUCUUUGUAGGGAUGCCGCGAAAAUACAAACCGAAGGAGGGUGGCAAAUCCUACCGGAAAUACUCACAGGUGCUCAUUAAAGCUGCUAUUGCUGAAGUAGAGAAAGGAAUGUCCUAUCGCAAAGCAGCCAAAAAACAUAACAUCAGUAUAUCCGUGUUACAUCGCCACAAGAAGAGUCGAAACAUCAAAAAACAGGGAGGCCAGCCAGUCCUAACUGAAGAUGAAGAAAACGAGAUAAUGUUACGCCUUAUUCAGUGCGCGGAAUGGGGUUAUCCAGUUGAAUCUUACGAUUUACGAAUCAUCGUGAAGUCGUUUUUGGAGCACUCGGGAAGAAACGAAAGUCGAUUCAAGGAUAAUCUGCCUGGUAGAGAGUGGGCGUACAGUUACUUAAAGCGUCACGAAGCAGAAAUUUCCGAACGAAUGUGCCAAAACAUCAAGCGAUCCAGAGCGAAAGUGUCACCAGAAGUAAUUGAAGAAUAUUUUGCACAUGUCGCUAAGGAAUUGGAAGGUGUUCCGCCUUCAAACAUCAUAAAUUACGAUGAGACAAAUCUUUCUGACGACCCAGGGAAAAAAAAAGUUAUCACGAAGCGAGGCUGCAAGUACCCUGAACGAGUCAUGAAUCAUUCGAAGUCUUGUACGUCUCUUAUGUUUGCUGGAACGGCCGAUGGUGUUGUUCUUCCUUGGUAUGUUGUAUAUAAGGCAACCAAUUUAUACAAUACUUGGACUCAGAAUGGUCCAAAACAUUGCCGCUACAAUCGCUCGAAAUCCGGUUGGUUUGAUUUGACGUGCUUCGAGGAUUGGAUUCGUACAGUCGCUAUACCUUUCUGCUCAAAAUUGGAAGGACGGAAAAUAUUGAUUGGUGACAACUUGAGCUCUCAUAUGUCCUGCGAAAUAGUACGUCUAUGCGAAGAACACGAUAUCUCAUUCAUUUUUUUGCCUCCCAACUCCACACAUUUGACGCAGCCACUGGACAUUGCAUUCUUCCGACCAAUGAAAAUGAAAUGGAGACAAAUUUUGACAAAUUGGAAGAAAGGAGCAGGCCGAAAUGCAUCUGGUCUUCAAAAAGAUGUUUUCCCUCGAUUGCUGUUGAAACUGUACAGUGAAAUUGAUGCAAAUUCUCCAGACAACCUCAAAAGCGGCUUCCGAAAAGCGGGUCUGUUGCCAUUGAAUAAAAAUGAAGUUUUAAAAAUGAUACCGAAUACGAAUGCCAAAAAUCGAACAGAUGAAACUGUCAGUUUGGUGACUGAUGCCUUUGUUGACUAUUUAAAGAGUCUGCGAUAUGGUGACGAAAACCAGUCAAUUCGCAAACGAAAGAAAAAAAUAGAUGUUCAGGCUGGUAAGAGUGUGUGCGUAGAAGACUUCGACAACUCUGCCGAACAAAAUGGUACUGAGUUAGAGUCUGACGACCCAGAUGAGGUCGAGAACGACGGUCUUGACGGAAAACAAGUCGAUCAGAGCGAUGCAGAGCCUUUUAUAGAAGCUGAUGGUGCUGAGCAACGUGAAGUAGUUCAACUGAUCAAAGUUAACAAUCUAGCACAGCAGUCAGCUGAGCCUGUAAACAACAGCAAUGUCAACAUUGAAUCGAUAAACGUCAUGUCUGAUAUUGAUGUUCAAACGAACAUCCUUAUGGAAGUCACUAACGAAGAAACCGGAGAAACUGUCACUGUGCAAUCCGUGGAAUCAGGAAGUUGGCUGAUCGUAAAUUUCCGAAGCGAUGUUUCACGUAAGGGGAAGUCGAAGACACUGAGUGGACAGAACUUUAUCGGAUUGGUCGAAGAAGUUUGCUCGGAUGGAACGAUUGUGGGUAAGUUCGUGCGACCCAAACCAUCUCGUGAGUUCAGCGGCUUUGUGUACGGCUUCCCAAAUGUUCCAGACGAGGCCUCCUUUACUUACGAUCAAAUUCGAAAAGUUCUCAAAGCACCUGAAUCGUAUGGAAGAGGCUAUUUCAAGUUCGAGGUUCACAUCAAUGACCUUAAGUGAUAAACAUUAUUUUUGUCGAGAUUGUACUUGCUCUGACUUACUAAUCUAAUGAAUAUUUAACG